UUCAAUAGAUGUGCAGGGAGUAUGAGAAGGUUGGACGUUGGUGAUUUGUUUAUAUGAGAGCCUGCAUCUUCAACCAUGAUGUUGAACCUCCUAAUUGCUGUACAUUGUACAGCUCCACGUUGUCACAUGUAAACCAUUACACGGUAUGUCACUUAAACACGAUAUUUUACAACGUGGAUGAAGAAUUUCAAUCAAUAUCUGUUGCCGGUCUAAUUCUGCUUGAAUUAAACUCGUGUCUGCUAUAUGGAAAUCAGUCACAGAAUCGUUGAUCCGAGUUUGAAAAUCCGAAAUUUUGACUGUGUUUCUUCCGUUACAUUGAAUUUCCAAGAUGGCGAUUUCGGGGAGAUUUUUGUACAUGGUUAUCCUGCCACUGCUGUUGUCGGUGAUCGUCCUCGGUGUCGUUCUGAGCGUCACGAACAACGUGUGGGACUCUAUUGUUGGCACAACUGAGCGGGAGAAGAGGUUUCUCGAGUAUCAGCGGAGUGCUGGUGCCAGGAAUGGCCCAGGGGAACAGGGAGAGCCGUAUCACCCCCCGGGGAAUACCUUCGAAAACAAAGGAAUUGUAAACCUCCUGGCUAGUGACGCCAUUGCUGUGGACCGGACCAUUAAGGACUUCCGGCAUGAGAGCUGCAUGGUGCUGAGGUACGGAGCUCUUCCUUCUGCCAGCGUCAUCGUCGCCUACGACGUUGAGGCCUUCUCCGUGUUGAUGCGAACCCUCCACAGCGUUGUCAACAGGUCGCCACCACGUUACCUGAAAGAGGUGCUGCUUGUCCCGUUUGGUAAAACUACAGGGUUAACAGAGAUUAUAAAUGCCGUGCAGAAAUACUGGCCAGAGGGCCCAGUGAGAGUUAUCUCCCAUAACGCCCUUCAUGGACUGUAUGAGGCUCGGUCACAAGGGGCAGAGGAAGCCAGAGGGGACGUGCUGGUGUUCUUAGACCCGCAUUGCGAGGUUGGAGAUGGAUGGCUCGAACCUCUUCUCCAGGCGAUAGGUCAUCACCCGAACAUCGUUGCCGUCCCAGUGGAGGACAAGAUAGCUACAGACACCCUCGCGCAUACGGAAUCACCGACCGAGCGAACUGGUGGCAUCUUCUGGAAAAUUGCGAUGUCGUGGAGGCCUUUGUCGGAAGCCGAAAAGAAAGCCCGGAGGUCACCCACAGAACCAAUUAAAACACCUAUAAUAUCUGGAGAUGUGUUUGCGGUGGCAGCUAAGUUCUUCAUGUCUAUUGGUGGCUUCCUGUCUGAGAUGCGCACGCGCGGCGUGGAGUUGGAGUUCUCAUAUAAGACCUGGAUGUGUGGAGGGUUCCUGCUAAUAUACCCCUGUUCUCGGGUGGCACAUCUGGCGCAUCCGCAGGACGCAUACAAUAAACUGAGCACAGAGACGGAGGAGAAGGCGUUGAUACAGGUGGCGGAGGUGUGGAUGGAUGAGUACCGACGGCUCUUCUACAUGUACCGGAAGUACAUCCUGUCACAGCCGUGGGGCGGAGACUUCGCCCAGGAACACCUACUGCAGUCGCGGCAGAAGUGCAACAGCUUCGGCUGGUACGUGGACUACGUCUACCCAGAGAAGUUCAUGCCGGACGAAAACGUGUACGCGUGGGGUGUCGUUCGGAACCCCUUCACCGAGAUGUGCCUGUCAAUACCUCCCACCAAGACCACAGACCUGCCCAAAUUAGGGGACGCCGUGUCAAAGGUCAUUUGUGACCACAGCGGGAACAUGGACCAGACAUUUUCUUACACGUUCGACAAGACCAUCCGACAAGAGGAGUACUGUCUGAACAGUGACGGCGGGAACAACUCGCCCCUCACCAUGGUCGACUGCCGCCUCGACUUGGAUACUACCAAGUGGGACUAUAAUAAGGAGGACUGUAUGGUGAAACACGUGAAGUCGGGGCUGUGUCUGUCGUCGUCGGGGAACAAGACCCCAACCCUCUCCCUCGAGCCCUGCGUCAACCAGACCAAAAACCAAAUAUGGACAUUCCUCUAUUACCUGAACGUGCCGCUUACAUAGAGUGACCAGUCAUUGUAAUGUAAUUCACAUGCACUGUUGGUGCUGCACACGUGCACUACAGCCAUCCUUCAUUACCCGACUACCCCUCAUAUAGAGGGACCAGUCAUUAUAAUGUAAUUCACAUGCACUGUUGGUGCUGCACACAUGCCCUACAUCCAUCCUCCAUUACCCGACUACCCCUCAUAUAGAGGGACCGGUCAUUGUAAUGUAAUUCACAUGCACUGUUGUUUCAUUUUAUACACAUAUAUUCCCUCUAUUAAACAUCGGGCCUCGAACACACCCCGAGAUUAAAUAUAUUAAUAAGACGUAUAGUUCUUAACCACGGAAUUCGCUCCAUUAUUAUCGCCUAGGGUUAAGAGUGUCCUACAUAAAUAUCCGCCAGACGUUUUUCCUAGGAAGUAAGUACCCUGAACCAUUCACCACCUUAGCCUCGCUUUGAGGUCGACUUGAAUAACUCUAUAAAUAGGCGUCCAAUCACCUUACACUGUAGGAUUAAAACAAGUAGCGUCAUCACCAGUUUUCGUCUCGCCGUUUCGCGUGCGGUUGCACGUUUUAAGAAACAUAUAUAGCAUAAAGGUCACGGACGCUUGAUCAGAAAGGAGACGUAAAGCACUGGAUAAACGAGGAUGAUCCGCAGUAGGAAGUGACUGUUAAUUGCAUAAUGAACAAAUAGAAUCCACACAAUCUUUACACACCUUCUCAGUCCUGGCUAGAUCGGCUCAGCAAUAGCACGUCGUCGUUAAGACAAAUACUCAUGCAAACAAAUUACGCAACACAAGGUUUACUGACGUAUAAUUUUCACUGGUGUGGUCAUAUGGAACAGAAUACAUCACCGAGUAAUUUCUUCGCUGAAACUACGCUACAAGUUACUUUACAACAAAAAUAAUACCGUUUCAAUCAUAUUUUUACUGGAUAAUCCUACAUCAUGAAAUGUUUGGUAUCAAUGUAUGUAUGAUAUACCGGGGCUGUUUUAUUGGCUAUUUUUAUCGGACAUGCUGAACAUUCUGUAAGGGUCUGUAAAACAAAACUAUAUGUUUAAAAUUAAUACUAUCAGCCAUUUCAUAGAAACAAAUAAAUUGUGUUCCUGAGGGGGACGAAUUCAUCCCUUACCCAUCUCCGGCUUCGCAAGACUUACUGUAAAGCACCACAACAACCCAUGUAAAUAAUAGCUGAACAUUGAAUAAUGUGUAUAUAUUGACAUGUGUACGAUAUGGUCAAUAAUGUCGCAAUUAUUUUAGCACGUGGGGCUGGUUCAAAGCAACGUUUUGGACCAUAUUCAUUGAAACAAAGAUGUUAAACCAAUGUCCAAGCGAUGUGCACAUGUUAGAGGGUCAUUUUUAAUUUGUUUAAAUGUCAAAAGAAGUCAUAGCUUGUUUCUAUGCGAUUAUGUGCAUCCUCAAACAGAGUUUGUAGGCCAUGCUGCGUCGUAUCUUCAAAGGUGACAUUCAACAAUAAUCCUUUAUGGCAUAAACAUGUCGUUUGUUGCAGGACAAUCAAACAAUUGCUAGUAUAACUUGAGAUGAGUGAGUGAGUUUAAUUUUACGCCGCACUCAGCAAUAUUCAAGCUAUAUGGCGGCGGUCUGUAAAUAAUCGAGUCUGGACCAGACAAUCCAGUGAUCAACAGCAUGAGCAUCGAUCUGCGCAAUUGGGAACCGAUGACAUGUGUCAACCAAACUUGAGAUGAGAAUUAUUGGAGGAUGGACAUUAGUUGAAACUAUUCGAGGGCUUCUGUUCAAUACGGAGUCUAUUGGAAGCUUUAAUCAUGAAAGUGUGUGAUCAUUCUUUAUCUUAUAUCCAUCUGACUUUGUUUUAAAGCUGUUUAAGCAGCGCAUGGAAUGACAAAACAACGACCUGGUAUUGGAAGCGGUAGUAAAAUAUGGUUGAAUUUGAUGGGAUCUUCCAUGACUGUCUGCGACAGUUUGUUAUAAAUGUGAAACAUAUCGGGCUUUUCCUCAGAAUUAGACACAGAUUGUAUUUAUUACGAUUUCAUGUGAUUGACAGGUAUGACAUCAUGUGAUUGACAGGAUUGACAUCCACACGGGAGUCUUGAAGCUGUGGCCCAAAUGAACCGUGCGACAUCUGGAUUCAUAAUGUAUAUAUAUAUACACGUUAUGUGAGACCCACAACUGCUGAACAACAAUUAAUUAAACAAAUAUUGCAUUUCCUAAGCUUCCAUCCCAUAAUCAUAAUAAAUCUAUUUUUGGACCA